AACAAUGAUAUGAUAGAUAUCCACCAACCCCGCUGGAGCGUGCUUUCGACGCUGUCAAAAGCCACGUGAGCGCGCCAUCUGGAUCUUUGACAACCCUGCCUGCAAUUAAACCAUAAACAAAACACAAAUCCGAAGCGAACACCACAACUUUAAAAGCUCCUUGCUUUACCCAGCAACAGCCACAUAGCCCAAAACUCAACCACACCAAACUAAAGAAACAGCCCCAGUUAGAAGAUAUGGCAAUGGUAUCAACAUAUUGCCCACAGUUCAAUGGACUUCGCCGAUCAUGUCCGAAACUCGACAACGCACAACCCCAAUCUUUUCUUCAACACAUCAACUCACAACUCCGUCUCUCCUCUUCUCGCAAACCUUGCAGAGCUGUUAUUGCCAUGGCCGGCUCUGGAAAGAACGGAACAAAAGACUCUAUCACGAAGCUUGUUUCUGACUUAAACAGUGCAAAGUUAGAGACUGAUGUUGAUGUUGUUGUGGCACCUCCCUUUGUCUAUCUUGAUCAGGUGAACGCCACAUUAACCGAUCGAAUUGAGGUGUCUGCCCAGAAUUCUUGGAUUGGAAAAGGAGGGGCUUUCACUGGAGAAAUCAGUGUGGAACAAUUGAAAGAUAUUGGCUGCAAGUGGGUCAUUCUUGGGCAUUCUGAACGCAGACAUGUUAUUGGUGAAGAUGAUCAGUUUAUAGGAAAGAAGGCUGCUUAUGCUUUGAACGAGGGUCUUGGGGUAAUAGCCUGUAUUGGUGAAUUAUUAGAAGAAAGAGAAGCAGGCAAAACUUUUGAUGUAUGUUUCCAGCAACUGAAGUCUUUUGCUGAUGUUGUACCCAGUUGGGACAAUAUAGUUAUUGCUUAUGAGCCUGUAUGGGCCAUUGGAACUGGUAAGGUGGCGACACCCCAGCAAGCUCAGGAAGUACAUGUAGCUGUCCGUGAUUGGCUUAAAAAGAAUGUUUCAGAGGAAGUUGCAUCUAAAACACGUAUCAUAUAUGGAGGUAACUUGGAUACUAUAUCAUUCGUUGUUUUAGAGGAAGUUGCAUCUAAAACACGUAUCAUAUAUGGAGGGUCCGUGAAUGGAAGCAACUGUGUUGAGCUUGCAAAGCAAGAAGAUAUUGAUGGGUUUCUUGUCGGUGGUGCUUCCUUGAAGGGGCCCGAGUUCGCUACAAUUGUCAACUCUGUAAUAUCCAAAAGGGUUGCUGCUUAAAUAUAUAAAGCGGAUUAAAGCAACAAAUAAAGGACAAAGGGAAGCUAGUUCAUGUUGAAGCUUCAUGUAACCUAUGAGUUAGUCUCUUCCAAUGGAGUUUUGAUUACUUAUUGAGUUCCUUUUUCCCCCAAAAUGAUAGGAAAAAUCUGUUGUUUCUCAUGUGCUGCUGAUAGUAGAACUCAAAUUUAGGCUUUACAUGUAAAACAUCCGAAUCUUUCUAACUUGGGUUUUAUGAUAAAGUAUCGAAACUUAUCAACAAAA